AUGUUCGCGUCGAAAGUCUGUCGCAACAACUUCAGCUUCGGCCCCGACGCGCGCCUCGUCACGGCUACACGGCUUGACUGUGACAUCGGAAACAUCACGGUUGAGAGCAGUUCCGCAGGCCAAGAACAGCGCCGAAGGCUCCAAAACUACCAACAUGAAGACAUAAUCACCGGCCAUGAGUUUAAACGCGCUACCAAACAAGUCCUUCUCCUCACUCAGCGCCCUGCCGAUGCCUCCAAGCGGCUCGUCCCCGAGCGGAUAGUCCAACGCAAGGCACCGUCAAAACUCUACGACUACUGGAACUCCUUUGGCCAACCCCGAGAAGUCACGCUCGGGACGGAAUAUUUCCACAUCUUCGAUCUCAUGAACCACGACUUUGCGCGCGGGCUUCAGGUUCAAUGGGAGGGAUACGGCACUUCGGACGAGGAUACGACCUGGGAGCCCGCCAAGAAGGUUCGCAGCUUGAACCCGGUCCUUCUGUGUCACUACUUGGAGCGUGAAGGCAUCGGAAGAAGGAUUGUGCGUAUGAGUAUGGCUACUGGACUUUCCGUUUCGCCGCCGUGUUCGUUGUACGAGGCAGGUGGCACAUGA